AUGUCGCGGCAAGUGAGCCCAGAAAAGACGACACCGCCGUUUUCUACUGGCGGAACACCCCAACCUCGAAACCUUGAGCCAAUGCAGUCUUCGUCUAGCGAUGCCGAAUUCACUAUUGUCAAUCGGCUGACACGAGGACUAGAGGACUGUGACUGGGAUCAGCUACAGGAGAAGUACACGGAUGCCAUGGAUGAACACAGCCGGGUGGAAGAUGAUUUGCGUGCUGAGACUGCAAAGCUGCUCGAGGUUUUCACUGCUUGGUCUCAGACGACCGUUUUGCAAGAUGAAAAGCGGGCCUUGAAACGAUUCAAGACGCAAAUGCAGCAUGUGCAAAACUCCGAAGUGAGCUUGGAGAGUAAGAAAAAACACUAUAUGGACGUUGUCAAGGCAUUCCAGAGUGCCCUGGCCUUGCUCAACGACCAGAUGAAGGUUUAA